UCUUUCUCUCUCUGUUUGUCUCUGUCUCUCUCUGCCUCUGUCUGUGUGAAUGGGGUACGCUGUGUGUAUUUUCAGACAUGUUGGCAUGGAGGGGGUCUGGCUGGCAAACAGAGGACAGGUGCAGGGUGUUUGUGUGCGGUAAAGUCACAGACACCUUGUCCUGUCUGUCAAUGGCGUAUCCGGCAGCUGCUGCCAAUCCCUCCGGGUUCAGGGAGAGAGGGGGGAGAGGAGAUCAGAGACACAGAGACAUGGAGGGACUGUGGACAGGAGCUCUGCUAGCACUGAUCUGGGGAACACUCCUAGAAGGCUUUGUAGCUGCUCACGAUGAAGGCUCCCUGAGAGACAAACUCUUUGAAAAUUACAGCGCCAACAUCCGUCCGACCAGGAAACACAACGAGAAAGUUACAGUGCAAGUGGGCAUGACAUUGGCUCAAUUCAUCAGCCUGAAUGAAAAGGAUGAGAAACUCAAUACGAAAGUGUACAUGAAUCUGGUCUGGACGGAUUAUCGCCUAACAUGGAAUCCCAAAGAGAAUGAUGGUAUCACAUCUUUACGAAUAUCCUCGGGAAACGUCUGGAAACCAGAUAUCAUCUUAAUGAACAAUUAUGAUGGGAACUUUAACAUGGCUCUGGAUGUAGAUGUUUUGGUCGCAUCCAAUGGAAGUGUGACUUGGGAGCCACCGGGUGUGUUCCAGAGUAGCUGCAGCAUUGAAGUCCAGUACUUUCCCUUUGACUGGCAGAAUUGCAGUAUGGUGUUUCGUUCUAUCACGUAUUCUGCGGAGGAGGUAACACUUGUCCAUGCCAAGGAUGCUCAAGGAAAGGACAUAACACAAGCCGUUAUUUUCUCCAACACAUUCGAGGAGAAUGGGCAGUGGGAGAUUCGACAUCGCUCUUCACGAAAGAACACAAUCCCCACAGAUCCAUCGUACGAAGAUAUCACGUUCUACCUGGUGAUUCGGAGGAAACCUCUCUUCUACAUCGUGAAUAUCAUUGUUCCAUGUGUUCUCAUCACCAUCCUGGCUAUUUUUGUCUUCUACCUUCCCCCAGAUGCUGGUGAGAAGAUGACUCUCUCAAUCUUCGCCUUGCUCACUCUCACUGUGUUCCUGCUGCUUCUUGCAGAUAAAGUGCCCGAGACUUCAUUAGCAGUCCCCAUCAUAGUUAAUUACCUCAUGUUUACUAUGACGCUCGUUACCUUCUCUGUCAUUCUGAGUGUCGUAGUCCUGAAUCUCCAUCAUCGCUCGCCCAACACGCAUCAAAUGCCUCAAUGGGUGCGCCAGAUAUUUAUCUUACAUCUACCUCGAUACCUUCGAAUCCGCCGACCCAAACCAGAGCCGUCGCUGCCAGUGCUACCUUCACCACGCCCGGUCACUGCGCCACGGCACGCCGAUGAGUACUUUAUACGAAGGCCGGAAAGUGACUUCAUCCUGCCUAAGGCUGACAGGUACCAUGCAGACCCCUACUCCAGGGAUAUGCGGUGGUUUUUGGAGGGUCCCAGUCUUGGUCUCACUCUCCCUCCUGACCUCCAGUCUACUGUCAGUGCUAUCAGAUACAUCGCUCAACAACUGCAGGAACAGGAGGACUAUGAUGCCCUGAAGGAGGAUUGGCAAUACGUGGCAAUGGUCGUUGACCGUCUCUUUCUCUGGACAUUUAUCAUUUUCACAAGUCUCGGGACACUCGCAAUCUUCCUGGACGCCAGCUACAAUUUACCCCCGGAAACCCCGUUCCCAUGAAACCAAAUAACCUCACAUUUUACAAACAGGUACAAAUUGUGGAGCCUUCGUCUUCCAAUAUAACUCCGCCACAGCCUAACGUUCUACUGCACCUUCCCUCCCUCAACGCACAAAUCUAAUCUUCCACUAACACAUAGAACCUCACUCUCAAUCAAUCAAUCUCCAAAUAGAA